UGAUGGAUUAAUCCCAGAGUGGAGAGACAUUAUUACAUGGUGACGUCACUGUUAAUCUGGAUUUAAUCUCAGAACCCAGUCUUUCAGCUAAAAUGUUGGUUUCAGGGAUUCUGAGGAUCACUUUGCUCUCUUGCCUCGUCCUCUCCGUGGCUCUGUUUUUGCCCAAACUGUUUUUAUCUGCAGGGAAGGAGAAGGUGGUUCUUCAGUCAGAGGCAGUUGGUCCAGGAAGCCUUCCUGCUUUAAGAUAUGGCCAUGGUGCAUCUGCAGGAGAUGAUCAGUGGACACCUGGAUCAUUUUAUACAAGAAGUCAGACCCCUCAGACCUUCUCCCCGACGAAGACUUCUCGGAAAUCUUCACUCCUCGCUCAAAUCACUCCGAUUUAUGGCUUCGGAAUUUUCCUCUACAUCGUCUACAUCUUCUACAAACUUACACGUGAAGACCGAGCUACAAACCAAACUCCUGGAUCCUCCACCGCGGUUCCCGAACACACAGCACAGGAAAUGCCUGAAGACGAGAUGGUUCAUCUACAGACCAGAUUACAACAGAUGGAAGGACAGCGAGAGAGGAGAACAUCAAAAUCUGUCCAAAGUCUUGCAAGGUGUCGUAACUACAGAAGUGGACGAGAGACGAGAAAACUCCAGCAUCUGAGGAAGAUCACACACAUGUUGGUGGAGGGACGGCCGCUGGAAGACGUCACUCCUGAGGUGGAAGCUGAGGAAACCCCGUAUUCUGCAGACUGGGAGGGAUAUCCAGAAGAGACUUUUCCUCGGUAUGAGGUGCCACUUUGCAGACGUCGAUACCCAAGUGUCAUCUUGGAGGAGCCAUACGGAGAUGUUCCUUCACCUGAGGAACUGGCUGAAAGAAUAGAGAGAGAAGAUGAGGAGGAUGAAAAGAAUGAAGAAGAGACAGAAGAAGUGAAGGACAAGUCCAGUGAAGAUGAAGAUGGUCCUAAAGGGAUGAAGGGUGAUGGUGAACUCAAACAGACACACAUAAGAAAAGGAGAAGAAACAGAUGAUAAUGAAGAUGAUGCUGAUGAAGAAGAUUAUAAACAGGAUGAAGAGGAAGAGGAGGAAGUUGGUGAAGACCAACCAUGUCUGGCUGAUAAUUCUACUGAUGAAGAGGAGACACCAAAUUUGGCAGGAAAUCAGAACGAAGGAGAAACAUCCAGCAGGAGAAGACAGAUAACGUUCAGUAAUCACAGGCACAUCUUCCACUACCCAAAAGGAGGCGCUGUUGGCUGCAGUUAUGAAGAUGAGGAGGUGGAGGAAGACACUCCUGAAGAUGAUAGUGAUGGUGAUGAUGAUGAUGAUGAUGAUGUGGAGGAAGAUAAGUGGGAUGAAGAUGAUGAUCUAAAUAAGAUGGAGAUGGAGGAGGACAACCCACUGAUGGAGGCCGAGCGUCUGGACUUCAGUACUCAGUUCACAUGUGAUCCUGAAGACCAGGAAGUCGAUCUGAUCGACUUCCUUCUCACAUAUAAACCUGAAGCUGUGAUGAACUCUGAACAAUCAGGAGAAGCUCCAGGGCUCAGGAUGCGCUGCAAGAACAUGAACAAAGGAAAACCAACCUGA